GAAAGGUUCCUGAAUCAGGAAGUACCGGGAAUUAAUAUGGCUUCGAAACGACAGGUCGAGAGUUUAACCGAGGAGGUAAUUUGUCCGAUCUGCCUGGAUUUCCUCACCGAACCUGUAAUGCUGGAGUGUGGACACAACUUCUGUCGCUCCUGUAUCACACAGUGUUGGGAAAGGCAGGAGAGAAACCCCUGCCCGGAAUGUAGAGAGGACAUUGCAGACCGCACCCUGAAGGUCAAUCGGGCCUUAGCAAAUCUGUCUGAGAAAGCUCGAAAACUAAACAUGAAUCCGCAAGAGAAGGAAAGUAAACUUUACUGCGAGGAGCAUGAGGAAGAGCUGAAGCUGUUUUGUGAGACGGACAAGACACUGAUCUGCCUGAUCUGUGCGACUGCGCGGGAACACAAGUCCCACAACUUCAUGCCGGUUAAAGAAGCCGUUCAAGACUACAAGGUAAAAACAAACCACUUUCGAUCGUCUGUUUCUGUUGUACCAUGUUUUCGUCUAAUCUAUUCACUCUUUAAUUCCCAGGAUCGGGUAAAAUCUUCCUUGGACUCUCUCACAAAAAACAAAACAGACUUCGAGAAAAUGGAACAGCAACAGAAGAAGAAGAUUUCCGGAGUUCGGGAACAGUCACACAUCCUGCAGUCCCACGUCACAUCGCAGUUUGCGGAACUGCACCAGAUUCUCACCGAAAAAGAGCGGCACAUACUCAAGGAUCUCGGAGAAGAAGAGGAGAGGAUUCUAAAUCCAAUGGAGAAGAAUCUACGAGAGAUUCAAAAGAAUUUAAAUUCUACUCAGGAGGAGAUCUCAAGGUUACAGGAACAGAUGGAUCAAAAAGAGAGUGUGAUAUUUCUCACGGAGGAAGCUUGUCAGAAGAGGAGAAUUAGUGGUGACAUCCAGCAAUUGUCAGUGACAGACGGUGCCCUUCCAGUUGAAAACUUCGAUCACCUCUAUUUAUUGAACUCAGCGUUGAAAGAAAUACUUGAUGACAUUAAUCGAGUCUCCGUCACCCUGGAUGUGGAAACGGCGCAUCCGGGACUCGAGGUGUCGGAGGAUCGGAAGAGUAUGAGAUACACCGGGACCCUAAGGGAUCUCCCUGACACUGGGAAGAGGUUCACAGACUGGGCUUGUGUGCUGGGAUCGGAGGGAUUCACAUCGGGGAGACAUUACUGGGAGGUAGAUGUGACGGGGAAUCAGUGGUGGGAUCUGGGUGUGGUCACAGAGUCUGUCGAGAAGGAGGGAGAAGUCGAGUCGAGUCCGGAGACUGGAUUUUGGAUCAUCAGGCGGUUUAAUGACGUGUUCGGUGUUCUCACCUCCCCUGAAUCCCGACUCCCGGCCGGCCCCAUCCCCGGGAGGGUGGGAGUUUAUCUCAAUUACGAAUCCGGGACAGUUUCAUUUUACAACGCGGAGACCAAUUCCCGCGUUCACGCCUUCACUGGGAAUAAAUUCACGGAGAAACUUUAUCCUUUCUUCGGGAUUGGAUAUGAAAACGAGUGGCUGAAAAUCUGCUCGGGUUCCGCUCCGGGUCUGUAAACGGGUCGGGUCCGGGAGUAAGUCAGUGUAAAUAUACAUGUGCGGAGAGUGAAAUAAACGCGA